AUGCCACCCUUGGGCCCCGAGCCGCUGCCGCCCGGCGCCGUGGCACAAGGCACCUUGGGGCCGCCCCACGGCGCCGUGCCCCCCGCGCCUCUGCCGCUGGCGACCAGCCCCGCGGCGAUGGAGGCGAGAGCGCCGGAGAAGAAGAGCGAUAGCCCGAGAUCGGUGCGGAGCCUUGAUGCUCAGCAGGAAGUGGCCCUUCAAGCCAAAUACAUGGCCCUCCACACGAAGUUGUUCGUGAGCUCGAUGAUUGCCGAGGUGAUCCUGAAAUUGACGGGCGCCUGGAACGCGCUGUCAGGGCAACCCAAACCGGUUGGCGACGGGACGGGGGCGACGAAGAGGCACGAUCUGCCAGGGGAGCCAGGUGCCGACUUCGAGGAGGGCUGCCGUGGGCGGGGUGUGGCAGUGGCGAGAGAUGCGAGCCAUGUGCGUGCCUCCAGCGCGUGGCUGGGCGCAGUGGGAUGGGCGCUCCCAGCACCCAGGGAUGGAGCUUUGAAGGAAGAGAUCCUGCACCCCACGUGGGAACGGCUUCAUGUCCUGAUGAGCAUUUGCCACCUCUGCACAGGGAAGACGCCGGACCCCCACACUUGGCCCGGACGUCCCGCGACCCGCGUCGUCGAGCGUCGUCUCCCAUGGACCUAUGGGCGCUGCUUGUGCUCGAAGAGCUGCGCGGGCGCCGCGGGAGGACCGGGGCAGCUGCGCUGCGAGUCUUCGGAGCACGCAGAGCUUGGAGGAGGCUCCGGGCAUGCCUUCCGCGUGGACUUCCCGAAGGAAUGGGCCGCGGUGAGCUCGCAUGAUGGGCAGAGCAUCCAGACUCGGGCGCUGCAAAGCCAGCUGCGGCUUUCAGGCCUCACGGAGGCGGCGGCGGCCCAUCCGCAUGGAGAGCUCCAUUUCUACAUGGUGUACUUGCGAGGCGAUGGGGGUGGCUUAGAGGUUCGUCCCUCGCAGAUCCCGUCCGCGGGGCGGGGGCUCUUUGCCACGCGUUCCUUUGCAGCAGGUGAGCUGCUGUGCGUCUACGGGGGCCAGGCCGUGCCCUUGGCCAAGGUGCUGCGCGGCGAGGUCAAAGACAAGGACUACCUGAUGGGCGGCUUCGGGCUGUACAGUGUCGACGCUGCGAAGCAUCCGGAGGUCUUGGCACGCUACAUCAAUGACCACGUCGACGCUUCCAAGCACAACGUCAAGUUCCUGAAGCUCAAGAGGGAGCGGCGGGCCCUGGCGGUGGCCAUGCGGGAGAUUGUGGCGGGAGAAGAGAUCCAUGCUUUCUAUGGGGAAGGCUAUUGGAGAGCUCGCCGUGGCCCGAUGCCUGCAGCUGGGGCGAAAUGA